GCCGGGACUCCACAGCCGAGCCUCAGGGCUGCGGCGGCUGCCUCCGCGCGACCCGGCGGGCCCAGUUCGGCCGCCGGGCACCCGCGCUGCCCGCACCUCCAGUCCGGCGGAACCCAACGGGAGCGCCUCGUGCCCAAACCGAGGGGCCAGGAUGCGGAGCUGUGCACCUUGAGCCGGCCCCAUGACCCUCAGCACGUUGGCCCGCGAGAGGAAGCCCCCCGCCUGCACCUGCAGCCUCGGUGGUCCCGACAUGAUCCCCUACUUCUCCGCCGACGCGGUCAUCUCGCAGAACGCCAUCAACCAGCUCAUCAGCGAGAGCUUUCUAACUGUUAAAGGUGCUGCCCUUUUUCUACCACGAGGAAAUGGCUCAUCUACACCAAGAAUCAGCCACAGACGCAACAAGCAUGCAGGUGAUCUCCAACAGCAUCUCCAAGCAAUGUUCAUAUUACUCCGCCCAGAAGACAACAUCAGGCUGGCUGUAAGACUAGAAAGUACUUACCAGAAUCGAACACGCUAUAUGGUAGUGGUUUCAACCAAUGGGAGACAAGACACUGAAGAAAGCAUCGUCCUGGGAAUGGAUUUCUCCUCUAAUGACAGUAGCACUUGCACCAUGGGCUUGGUCCUGCCUCUCUGGAGUGACACCCUAAUUCAUUUGGAUGGUGAUGGUGGGUUCAGCGUAUCAACAGAUAACAGAGUUCACAUAUUCAAACCUGUAUCUGUGCAGGCAAUGUGGUCUGCGCUACAGAGUUUACACAAGGCUUGUGAAGUGGCCAGAAUGCAUAACUACUACCCUGGCAGCCUGUUUCUCACCUGGGUGAGUUAUUAUGAGAGCCAUAUCAACUCAGAUCAGUCCUCAGUCAAUGAGUGGAAUGCUAUGCAGGAUGUGCAGUCCCACCGGCCUGACUCUCCAGCUCUCUUCACGGACAUACCAACUGAACGUGAGCGAACAGAAAGGCUGAUUAAAACCAAAUUAAGGGAGAUUAUGAUGCAGAAGGAUUUGGAGAAUAUCACAUCCAAAGAGAUACGAACUGAGUUGGAAAUGCAAAUGGUGUGCAACUUGCGAGAAUUCAAGGAAUUUAUAGAUAAUGAAAUGAUAGUGAUCCUUGGUCAGAUGGAUAGCCCUACCCAGAUAUUUGAGCACGUGUUCUUGGGCUCGGAGUGGAAUGCCUCUAACUUAGAGGAUUUACAGAACCGGGGGGUCCGGUAUAUCUUGAAUGUCACUCGAGAGAUAGAUAACUUCUUCCCAGGAGUCUUUGAGUAUCAUAACAUCCGGGUAUAUGAUGAAGAGGCAACAGAUCUCCUGGCUUACUGGAAUGACACUUACAAAUUCAUCUCUAAAGCAAAGAAACAUGGAUCUAAAUGCCUCGUGCACUGCAAAAUGGGGGUGAGUCGCUCAGCCUCUACCGUGAUUGCCUAUGCAAUGAAGGAGUACGGCUGGAAUCUGGACCGAGCCUAUGACUACGUGAAGGAAAGACGGACAGUGACCAAGCCCAACCCCAGCUUCAUGAGACAGCUGGAAGAGUACCAGGGGAUCUUGCUGGCAAGCAAACAGAGGCAUAACAAGCUCUGGAGAUCUCAUUCCGAUAGUGACCUCUCAGACCAUCACGAACCUAUCUGCAAACCAGGGCUAGACCUCAACAAGAAGGAGAUCACCACCUCAGCAGACCAGAUCACCGAGGUGAAGACCAUGGAGAGUCACCCACCUGUACCUCCCGUCUUUGUGGAACAUGUCGUCCCACAAGAAGAAAAUCAGAAAGGCCUGUGUACCAAAGAGAGAAUGAUCUGCUUGGAGUUUACUUCUAGGGAAUUUCACGCCGGACAGAUCGAAGAUGAAUUAAACCUAAAUGACAUCAAUGGAUGCUCAUCAGGGUGUUGUCUCAAUGAAUCAAAAUUCCCUCUUGACAACUGCCAUGCAUCCAAAGCCUUAAUCCAGCCUGGACAGGACCCAGAAAUGGCCAACAAGUUCCCAGACUUAACAGUGGAAGAUUUGGAGACAGACGCACUGAAAGCAGACAUGAACGUCCACUUACUGCCUAUGGAUGAACUGACAUCCCGCCUAAAAGAUCUCCCCAUGUCCCCUGAUCCUGAGUCACCAAGCCCCCAACCCAGUUGCCAGGCUGAAGUCUCAGAUUUCAGUACAGAUCGCAUUGACUUUUUUAGUGCCCUAGAGAAGUUUGUAGAGCUUUCCCAAGAAACCCGGUCCCGAUCUUUUUCUCACUCACGAAUGGAAGAACUAGGUGGAGGAAGGAGUGAGAGCUGUCGACUGUCCGUGGUGGAAAUCGCCCCUUCCGAAGCGACAGCUGAUGACCAGAGAAGCAGCUCUUUGAGUAAUACCCCCCAUGCAUCUGAAGAGUCAUCAAUAGAUGAGGAACAGUCAAAGGCAAUCUCCGAACUGGUCAGCCCAGACAUCUUCAUGCAGUCUCACCCAGAAAAUGCAAUUUCAGUCAAAGAAAUCAUCACUGAGAUUGAAUCCAUCAGUCAAGGAGCUGGACAGAUUCAAGUGAAAGGAGACAUGCUGUCCAACCCAUGCCACACACCAAAGAAGCACAUUGGCCAUGAGCUGCCCCUUGAGAGGGCCCAAGCCACAGAGAACAAGCCUGGAAAUCUGGAGCAGAGUGAAGGUUCCUGCACAGCCCAGCCUGAUCUAGCCAAAGACUCAGGGAAGUGGGACCCAGAAGGGUGCCCAGUGGCACACUCAUCCACCACAGAGCUGGAAGAAGAGGAACCAGCUGAGGGGGAACAAGAGCUCUGGGGCCCAGGGAUGCCCCCAGGUGCCAAGUGGUACCCCGGGUCCGUGAGGCGAGCCACCUUGGAGUUUGAGGAGCGCUUGCGGCAGGAGCAAGAGCACCAUGGCGCUACCCCUGCCUGUACCCCAUUGUCCACUCGCAAGAAUUCCAAGAACGAUUCUUCUGUGGCAGACCUGGCUCCAAAAGGGAAGAGUGGUGAAGCCAGCCUGGAGUAUUCAUUCGUCCCCAAGGAACCAGAGAUGAGCAAGGGCAAAGGGAAGUGCAGUGGGUCUGAGGCUGGCUCCCUAGCCCAUUCUGAGCAACAGGCCAUCAUUCCAGCACCCGAGCUGCUGGAAUCUCACCCAUCACCAGCUCCUCAGGAGGGCCCAGGAUCAGGUCCUAGAACACAGCAGGGAGGGGUCCUGAAGGAGCAGAGGGCCGUGGUCUCAUGCCAGGGAUCUGAGACACCAGCAGUCCCUCUGCCCCUUCCCAAGAAGAUAGAAAUCAUUGAGUACACCCCCACAGUGACGUCACCCGAUCACACUGGGCCUGGGGGUGAAACAGCCACCAGUGAGAAGAGUGGGGAGCAAGGACUGAGGAAAGUGAAAGUGGAGAAGUCCAUCACUGUCCUCUGUGCACUGGAUGAAAAUCUGAACAGGACCCUGAGCCCCAACCAGGCUUCUCUGCACCCCAAAGUGCUACCUCUGCCUCCUUCCUCUCCCGAGCAUGCCGGGCCCACCGACCCGACCCCCGCCCUGAGCAGCCCUGGAGACUGGGGCAACAGCCCGGCAGCUGCCCUGGAGACAGCAGCGCCUUUUGUCAGUUGCACAACCCAUGUACCGUCUGCCAGCUUGGAUUACCUGCAUCCCCAGACUGUGGUUCACCUGGAAGGCUUCACAGAACAAAGCAGCACUACAGACAACGAGCCCUCUGCAGAGCAGGGCAGCUGGGAAGAAAGUCGGGAGGGCCCCCUCUCUGGGGACAGUGAAGUGCCACCUGAGGGCUCCCAGUUAAGCAGUGAAGACCUGACUUUAAUUAGCAAACUUGGGGACAAUAUUGGGGAGCAACAAGAAAAACUGGACCCAUCACCCAUGGCCUGUCAACUCCCGCACAGCUCCAGUAGUGACAGUAGGAGGGGUCUCAGUGACAGCCCCAGUGUAGUGAAGGAGCACGCUCAAGAAGUCGAGUCCCAAGUGACUUCCCAGGUAGGGCUCACCAGGCCACCCGAGAUGAGGCGUUCAGCUUCCCUCGCCAAGUUGGGUUACUUGGACCUCUAUAAAGACUGUUUACCGGAGAGGGCGCCUGUCUGCUCUGAGUCCCCUCAUCUCAAACUGCUUCAGCCUUUCCUCAGAACGGUCUCAGGCAUGCAUGCCAUGGAGGCCCAGGAGCCCCCAGAAAACCCAGAUGCCCCACAGAACCAGGAGCCCACCAAGUAUUUUGUCGAGCAACUCAAAACAACAGAGUGUAUUGCGCAGAGCAAGCCAGUGGAGAGGCCCCUCGUACAGUAUGCCAAAGAAUUUGGUUACAGUCAGCAGUGUUUGCUCCCCAGGGCAGGACCCGAAUUGACUAGUUCUGAAGGAGGCCUUCCUUUGCUGCAGACCCAGGGACUGCCGUGUGCUGGCCCAGCUCCAGGGCUGGCUGUGGCGCCCCUUCAGCAGCACGGCAGAACUCACCCCCUUCGCAGACUGAAAAGAGCAAAUGAGAAAAAACGGACAAGCAACCCCUUCUAUAAUACCAUGUGAUUCUGAGCCUAUACAUGUGACUUUCUAAAAGAAAUGUUUGUGAAAGGGGCAGGUGUAAUAUGUAAGGAACAUGCACUUUAUUGGUUAAUUUUAUAAUAUUUUGGUCAUUUUACUGUUCCUGGCGCAUGCAGGGUUUGGUUUUUUUCUCUCUGUGUGUAUGUGUGUGUGUGAGAGAGAGAGUUUGAUUUGGACGGCAAGACCAUUUUAUCAUUUUUCAUUUUUGGAAAAUUCAAACCUCAAAAAAUACUCAUUUUCAAAGAACACCUUUAUCAAAGGCAAAUUGCUGUUUUUCAAUCAACUGCCACCUGCUCCUCAUUUUGCCCUCUGAGAAAAAGCAUACUUGCUUGAUCAAGGAAGGAAGCAGAUGGGGAUGGUGGGGAUCAAGCUGGAAAUUGGAAAUGCCGCCGCAGGCCUGUGUGAUGAUGGUUUGGUCUCCAGACCUGAUGCAUCGGAUUCGCUGAAGGGGGCCGCCCAACAUCAGCAUGCUCUCAGCCUUGGUCCCCAGCCCCAGCCCUUUGGAGUUCCCGAAUGGGGCACAUUCUACUUUGCUUUCAAAGAGGGUCCUCCAGAAUCCGUUUCUUCUGCCACUCCGGAGUGUGUCAUUACAGAAAGACAUGAUAAUGGCUGGCCUUGUAAACUUAUCAAGCAAAUAGUUUCUCCCCCAAGCAAGUCAUUUUUAAUUAGAUUAAAAGUGAACCCCAGAUGAAAUCCUAGAGGUCCCCUGUAGAGGAAAGCGUAAGAGGAGGAGGUGAAAUCGGGGGUGGAGAGGCGGCUGCCCAGUUAUCUUCCGGAUGGGUGGGCUCCACACAGGUGGCCGUCCUGGCCCCCUGCCAGGAAAUGUGCUCUGCCGCCUCCUCCCAACUAAAACUCAAAUAGGGACAAGUUUGAAAAACAGCAAUUGAAAGUCAGUGUGUUCUUGUAAAAUGAAUACAUAAUGUAGGGUUUUAACCCUUCCAUUACUUGAAUAACUGUGGGCCUUCUGAGUUUAAUGGCCAUAUUUUUUUCCAAUUUAUUUUCCUCCCUCAAACUGUUUCUCCCAGUGCUGCCUUUUUUUUUUUAAUUUCAUAGAUAUUUGAGUUGUUACAUUAUAUAUGUAUAACCUCCAUUGAAUGCAAAGUUUUCUUUUCGAUAUUACCACUGUUAACACUUGACAUAAGUUUUUUUUUCUUUUCCUGAAAGAUUUGUCAUUUCUCUCAUUUAUACACAGUAUUUAUGUACAUAGCGUUGUCACUUUCUGACACUGUUUUGUUGUUAAUGUUGUAGGGUCUUUCUGAGUUAUCCAUUGUAAGGAGGAGUAAAGCUGCAACUGGAAAACAUGCAGGCACCACAGAAACAAAAGUGAUGGGUGUUGGUAGGAACCUGCAGAGUAUAUUAAUGGUGGUUCUAAUUGUUUAAAUAGAGACAUCUCAUCACCAGCUCCUGCCAAAUUAUGCGUUAGUAACUUCCUCCUCAGAGAAGGUUCCCGUUAGAUCGCAGUUUGACUGAAGGCUGAUUUCUCUUUGAGACUGAAAUCCCAGAACAUUCUUUGCCAGUAGCCGAACCACAGCCAGGGAGUGUCAUGUGUGAGUGUUCCUGCUGCCCAGGGUGGAAGCUCCUAGUGGAUUAGGCUGAAAGGCUGCAGGGAGGCCUCAGCCAAGGGCAGACGCCCUUAAGACUCCAUUUAGGAUGCUGUUGCUUUGCUGCUGUUGUGGAGAUCCUUAACACAGGAGCACCUGCCAUAGACAAGCCUAUUUCAGCUUCUUACAGAAAACAUAUUUAGCCUGGAAUGGAACGCCCUCUGCAGCUCAUUAAAACUGAAUAGGAUUGUUUUGCAGAUUUGCUUCCUGUUUGCUUUGGUUGAUGUCCACGUUGCUCAGAGAUUGACCGAGCACAGGUUUUUGGUUCAUCACAGCACUGAGAGGAAAAGACAAAUGCAUAGACUGUCAAGGUGAUGUCAGAGGCCAGAGUUUGGUGAGGACAGGUAGUAGGGAGACCCAAAGGAGACAGAAAAGGUGGAUUGAGGCCACUCAGAGGUGCUCAGGAGGAGCUGUGAGUCCAGCUGCUGUGUGGAGGCCAUGGUUUGGUCUGACAUCACUGCCAAGAGGCAAAUUGAACAGAGACCUCCUGUUACAAGUGUCUUUAUGGUGGAGUAAUUAUAUGUACCUGUGCUGUCCCUAGUUUCCUUAAAUGUUCAAAUGUGUCACCCACAUUUGUGAGUUCUGGAUAUUUAAUGUGUUGUAAAGCAUUUUCCUAGGUGGCAUGUUCCAGUGUGAGGAGGCUUGCAAGAGAGGUUAUGGAUUUUCAGGGCUCUUCCAUCUAAUCUGCUCUGUCUUGCUGAGGCAGUUCCAUCACCAAUCUGAUGGGGAAAGGACAGGAAACUGUGGGCGGGGUGGCAAGAGGAGGAUUUGCAUGGAUGUUAAGAGAGUGGUGUCCACUCAUGUUAUCCCUUGAGAUGGUGACAGUCCUCAUAUUAAGAAGUACAAGCAGGGUCAACAGAAUUGCAUGGUUCUGUCUUCUCCCCGCCACUGUGUUUAAUGCUCACUUCUCACUGCAUUAAAUAACAACAAAGACGGGGCAGGUGGGCGGAACCCUCUAAUGCUGUGAAGAAAAACAAAAACUUUUUUUAAUAGAGGAAACUGUCUUGCUCUGCCUUUUUUUAAAUUAUUUUUUAUCAUUUAAUUUACCUGCCUAAACAAAACCCUGUACACAAGGCCUGCAGUUCAGCCACGCUGUGGGGGUUUGCCAGCUCUCAGACUCCCACAACCGAGUGUUCUUGUGCUGUUUACGUAGCUGAGCGCUGUCCGGGGAAAGUGCAUGAUGGGCUAUCAAAGACUUUUCAAACUUUAUUCUCUUCAGACUUUUUGAUAAUCUCAGGUGGCCUAUUUCCCUUUUCUGUUCAUGGAAAACCCAGACCCGAAACAGCAGGUCUGGUAGGUUGACAGAGAUGAGGAGGAAAAGUUUUGACCUCUUGCUGAGUGCCUCUCUUUAUUUUGGAAACCACCAUAGUCUGACUCAAAAUUACUCUGGAGGGGUGUGUGUGUGUGUGUGUGUGCGCGCGCGCGUGUGUGUAAAAAGUAACAUUGUGAUGCCUGGGUUAAAAGUCCCAGGAGCACACAUAUUUUGAGCUGUAAUCUGGAUGGUUACCUGGUCAGUAAGAAGGAGAGAAACCCCUCUUGACUUUAGAAACGCUUAGGAGUAGCGUGUGCUGUGGUAGACGUGCAGUACUAUAGUUUAGUCGUGCUCAUCUCUCCCCAUUUUGGUUGCCUUUCAGAUUCUGAAUGUUUGGGGUCAUUCCUAACAUCUCAGCCCUCUUCAGGCUCUUUAUCUAGCAUUUUCCUGGGUCUGUGUCUUUAUCCCAACUGGUAUUUCCUCUUUCUCAUUUUGGGAACUACCAAGAGCCCCAAGGACAGCCUGAGGGUGACAGCCCAGGCUCUGAGGUCCCCUCCUGCUGAAGGGCCACAGGCAGAUGCUGUUGGACAGACCUGAAGCUUCCGAGACAUAGCAGCUCACAAAAAUCUUCACUUGUUCCAUCUGAGGAUUUCAGGUCUGAAGUGAUCUAGCCAUGUUUGGUAAAGAUGUUUUUAUGGGAGUUGGUGGGUUGUUUUUUUUUUUUUAAAGAAAGCAAGCAUUAUGCAAAAAGGGUCACUUUCAAGGGCAUUUAAAAAUUUUUAAAUCAAGCCACUGUUUGGCUUUUUUUGAACAACUGUUUGUGGAUACUUUGUUUACAUUGUGAGUAUUAAAAUGUGGAUCAUCUUGAUGGCCGCUCAGUCUCCUCCUUCUCCAGGAACCCAGCUCUGGCUGUCCUGUGAGUCCUCACGCAGAGCAGGGCCAUUAUGGUCAGCCCUCAUGGGUAAGUGGGGGACACCUGGAGCUGACUUCCAGCUGUGGCCUGCACUCCCAUCCAAUACUCUGUGUGGAAAUAGUCGUCACUUCCUCAGUGAUGGUGUGUCUUAUAGUGAUGGUUGUAAUGGUGAAUGGCUAGUGUCAUUUUAAAUUUUGUUUUGCUUUUUGAUGGUAAAGGAGAUGAAAUUUUAGCUCUUUCAGCACCAAUCCAACUUAAAAGUGUCUUGGACUUUGUUUUCCCUUCCAAACUAAAAGAUCAAGGCAUGUGUUAGGCAUAAAUGUAUUUGCUGCCUCAACUUAUCUGACGCCUGUAUUAGGAAAAAGCCUGCCUGCCACCAAAGCAGGAAGCUGCACACUCCUAACCCUUCUCCAGGGCUUGGGGUCCCUUGAUGCCAUGGAGAGCUACUGCAAGGUGCUUCUGUACUUUUCCAGCCUGGAAGUGGAGGGUGACUGGGCCUGGCUCCUGCUAUGAAAAGAGAACCAGCCUCAUUUUCUCAGUGCCCCAGAGAUCUAGGACAGGAUUUCUAAACUGGAAUCAUCCCUCAUCGGCUUGAAGAUGCCCCAAGGGGUGUAUGACUAGUGCUGCCAUCUGUGUCCUCACAGCAACACUGCUGGCAGCAUCCUGUGUACACACGGAGAGCUAAUACCCAGGGCUUAACUCGAGCUGAUGACCCAGUCUGAAAGCUGGGUAGCUGGCCCUGAAAUGCUUCCCAAUCAAUAAGCCCAUGGGGAAUCAUUUGGUUUUUAUAUUUUAUUGGAAUUUGGUUUGCUUGGCAUAUCUUAAGGUGCCUUUUCUUUUUUUUUUUUCCUACUUUAUUUUGUAGGACUUGCUCCAAACGUGGAAAACAAGUCCAAAAGACUCUCCCACUGACUGUUACCUUUGCCCCAGGCACCCCAAACUUUUAUGCUCAUUUUAUUAAAUAAAGCAGGUGCUUCCUGUAAUCUCUGGGACCUUUUUGAGGCAUUUGAAGCAGAAUAUAAAGAGUGGUCUCAUCUCCUUCCUUAAUCUUCCUGGUGGUUGGGAUGUUCCACUUGUAUCAUAGAUUUUUUUAUUACUGAUGUGCUCCGCUGUUUUUAAAUGUGAACUUGUGCGCACAUGUGCAGAUUCAACGUUCUUGUUACAGAUUGAAUAAAUUUUUAUUUUGAAGACGAAA